AUGAGAUUCUCGUCCACACUCGCUCUUGCUACCACCGUUGCUUCUGUCCUGGCCCAGGAAGUCACACUCUACAUCGACUCUUGGGACACCAACUUCCAUGGAAAUGGACUCGAGGCAAAACACGAGGGAGCUGCUCUCGACUAUCUCUUCCUGAUCGACGAGGCUGACCCUAGCUACACCUGGAAUUACAACGCCGACACAAAGAAGCUGACUGCCAAGCAGGGUGAUUAUGAGUUCCCAAUCACCUUGGGAGACGCUCCAUACGUUGCUUGGGGAGCCACUCCUGGCUACGAGAACUACACUUUUGCCAGCGACGGUGCUCUUUUGGUUAACGGCUCCCAGGAGAACUUCUACGCCUGCAAAGACACCAAUGACCCGUACGGCUACUCCAGCGCCUCGUACGAGCUGAUGUACUACAAAAACCCAAACGAUGUUCCGCACAACAGGUGCUAUAUGGUGACUGUGACGAGCGUCAAGCCUAAGCCUCUGCCUUUCAACACCAAAACUCUUCCUAUCUCAUCCACCCCUACCAUUCCAGGCUCAUCGACUCUUCCACACUCGUCAACUGCUCCACGCUGGUCUCCGUCCUCCACAAGCCCAGUCCACGGCUCCGGCUCCGUCACCUCUGUCCUUUCCAGGGUCACCACAGCUUCCACACAGACUCACACCGUCUGCCCGGGCAACUGCUCCUCGUCGGCUGUCAGCACGUUUGAGAACAACGCCGCGGGAAUUGCUCCUGCCGGAGCUGCCGUCCUGGGAGGUAUGGCCGUUUUCUUUUUGUAA